AUGGAAGAGAGCCAGGAAAGUAAAGAUAGCGAGCAGAUUAAUUUUGGUGUUGAAAAAUCAACUAGAAGUGCCAAUAAUCAGGACUACAGCAAUAGAAUCGAGGAGGAUGAAAAGAGACAAAUGCAUAACUUUUUUAGUUCACAGAUGAUUCGCUCUAAAGGAGUCUCUCUAUCUGUUUCUCAGAUAGAUGAUGGAGUUACAUGUAAAAUAAGUGAUGAAAGCUCUGAAGAUGGAAAUAAGACAAUCAGGAAAUUUGACGAAAAGGAUAUCAUUUCCUUAGAAUUAUGGCGUCUACAAAAGAGAGAUAUCUCCAUCAGCAUUUCAUCAAUUUAGUAAAGAUAACAGUAAAGAAUCAAAUUCGUUCCUCAGCAGAAUACUGAUGGACUCAUUAUUUGAACAACCAGAGAAGAUUCGUGAAAAAGAGCUUCCCAAAACUCUUUUUGAAAGAUAUUACCAGUCUAUGCAUGAAAAAAAGGAUGAAUUAAAACAAGAAGAGCCAAUUAUAAAAUCCAUAGACAACUUCUACCACAGAUCUCUAACAGAGCAUAGUUGUAACAUAGACCUACUUCCCUCCACCUCUUCCGACCUGCCCACUAAAUUCUGGUACUUCGAGCUCAGGUCCAAAAUAACCCACGCGUUCCACUUCCACUGCGUUCAGCACAAAAUCUGUCAGUACUACAAUAAGCGGUCAGGCGAUAUCUCAGAAGAAGACUAUCCCUUCAGGCUUGGGUUGGACACUAAGCUGAACUAUUUAUGCUUCAAAGGAAUUGUGUUUGACAAGAAUGACGCAGUUAAUGUCAUAGAGGAAGCAUUUAAGGAGGUUAAUCAGACGAUAGAGUUAGAUAUUAGGGAAGCUUGUGAAGAUGAUGAUGGAACUCCGAGUGUAGAGAUGUUGUUAGCUCCUCAUGAGUCGGAUAAUAGCUUUAGCACGAAGGAUCAGCAAUGAUGUAGUUUGUGACUAUUUUAUCAUACACACAGAUAUGACAGAAAUGAAAAGAUAAACAUUUCUCGUGAUUCCGAAGAGCUAAGAUUUGAAUACUGCUGAGAUGUAAACCUACGCGAGGUGUCUAAUUUUAUUGAAGAUGAAAUUGGCACAGGCUUGAGAGCCUCCAUAGCAAGCUCUCUCAGAAGCUCAGCUAGUUUAGGACUUUCUAGAGAGGUUGGGAGCACCAAGAGGUCAUCAAAGCAAUCAAGAGAAGAUGAUAUUGAAGAAUAUUUAAGCCCUAGUAUGUCUGCUCUUCAGAUCAGCAAACAAACCAAGAGUAGCAAAUAUCGUGAAAUGGCCUCUGAAGAAAUUAAAGAAGAAUCUAAUGAGGAUAGUCAGGAAGGUGACUGGGAAGAAGUUAAGGAAAGUUCUAGGAAUGAAAGCAAAGAAGUUAAAUUAUCAAGUCAAAUAGCAUCUAUCUCGGAUCUUGAUUCAGCCAUUAGCCAUUCGAAUAAAGGAAAAUCUCUUUAUAAAUUGAGUCAAAAGAAAAAGAUUGGGACAAGUGUGGUAAAUAGACUGAGUACUAGCAUGAAUCGGAUCUCAAACUCUAAUAUCUCAUUUGAUGAUCAUACAUUCGUAAGAGAUAUUGAGAGCCUUAACCCCAAAAGUGACAAGUUUGAGAAGAGUAAAUAAAAUUCUAGCUGUCUUUCUGAAUAUUUACAAAAUUCACUUGGUGAAAAGAUGGAAAUGGUCUGUGAAGGAUGUCGAUUUCCCGACUCUCAUCGAGAUUUACAAAAUGGCUGCUGAGUUUGAUACUCUUCACAGAUCGGAUACCUCCAAGAAGAUGGUCACUAAUUCUGUGUCUAAAUAAGAUAAAAACUACAGGAAAGACAGUAAAAGUAGAGAAGUUGCCGAAGGAAUGUAUUAAUAAAUUUGAGGUCAAGAUUGGUAAAGCUACUAAGCGGAUCCUCUCAGGCAAUGAGCAUGAAGAGAACGUCAUAAGGAUCGUAUCUAGGCUAUCCAAAAAUAUCCUCCAGACUGAAGAAGAGAUUAAUAAGAAUUAUGUGCAAGCCUCAGAGGAGGAAAAGGCAGAAAAAUAUGUAUGGAAAUUUACCUUUGAAGAAGACCUACACAAGUCAAAUCCUAUUGAUUUCAGUUCAAUUUUCAAUCAAAUGGGUGAUUAUUGGAUACUUAAGGACUGAAAGACAAUCAUUUUCCUGGAAGAGCUCUGGAAAAGCGCUCAGAGUCCUCAGGAUGGCGGAAGAUCACAGUCAAAUUACUUCUUCAUGACUGAUGACCAGAAGUGGACUUUCGAUUGCAUUGGGAUCACUCUUAAAAAUUUUAAUCAAUUGCAUGCUACUUGCUUGAUAAAGUACACCGACAAAGUCCAGGGGCAGAGGAAGAUUAUUUUUGAGCGGGAGAAUGACUUUGAUGAUCUCAAUUACGAUAUUGACCCAUAUAUCCAAAUUAGAAAUCUUCUACAUAAAGAUAUUAAUUAUACAGAAGCUGGCCAGCUUAUACUUUCCCUAUUCGAAGACCAUGCAGAUGCAAAAUGAAACAUAUAUAAAGCAAUGAAGCAAUUUGUUAAGGACAUUUUAGGAGUUGUCUGUAAAGGCAAUAAUUACAAAGUGACAAGUAGAACACUAUCAUUCCCAAAAUUCAUUGAAUUCUAUGAGAAGCCCCUUCUAGUAGAGUUUAUAGCAACUGAGAAACACGAGUUACCUGAAGAUUACAAACUCCUUUACUCUAUAUUUCCUAAAUGCUCUCUAUUUAAGGUUCAUAACUAUGCAAUUUUCUUUAUAUUUGAAGCCUUGAAAAAUUAUCAGAACUGAAAGUCAGAAGACAUAUUGAUCCUCAUGACUGAUGAGGAGAAAGCAGAUAAUCUUGGCAGAAUCUGCGAUCCCAUUAAGAUGAUGAGAAGGGCUAGAAGAAACUUGAUGGUCAGGCUAAAGAACCUAAACAUUCAAGACCUUCAUGAAAAUAUUACCAAGAACAAGUUUAAGUCGAUCCUUUUAUAUGAGAUGCUUUGGUGCCCAAGCAAUAAUGGAAAAUUAGCCCCAUCAAGUUUGUUGCCAAAAUAUAUAUUCUCCCAAAAAUAACCAUAUCAUACAGUCAUUUUCAACA